UUUUUUUUUUUUUUUGUAAGUCAAACGCGCAAACAAGCUAUCGCCCAUCGUCAGUUGUAGAACGAUUCAAGCAAUGCGACUUUUUGUAUUUUCUUUCUUUGUCGACUACCGCAAACCAAAAUACCACCAUUCAAUUGCAGGUUCUUCAACUUUUCAUUUAAAGUUCAUAUCCUAUUAUUCUUUUUCUUGAUCACUUAGCAAAAGUGGGAAACAAUGGCUGCAGCGUUGGUGGGAGGAUCGGUUGUCUCUGCUUUUCUUCAGGUUUUGUUCGAUAGGAUGGCUUCUCACGAGGUUUUAGACUUCCUUAAAGGCCGAAAACUGAAUGAUGGAUUGCUUAUGAAGCUAAAGACGACAAUGAUAUCUGUCAAUGGACUGCUUGAUGAUGCAGAGGAGAAGCAGGUAUCUAAACCAGCUGUGAAAGAGUGGCUUGAUGAGCUUAAAGAUGCUCUGUACGAGGCUGAUGACUUGUUGGGUGACAUUGCUUAUGAAGCUCAAAAAUCCAAGUUUGAAGCUGGAUCUCAGUUUAUCACUAAUCAGGUGCGGAACUUUUUCUCUUUUCGUGAUCCUUUUGGAAAGGAAAUGGAAACCAAUUUAGAAAAGAUACUUGAUAGACUUGAAUAUUUAGUAAAACAAAAGGAUGCUCUUGGUUUGAAUUUGAAAGAGGGUAUAGGCAAUGAAAAACAUUCACUGCAGAGAACUCCUACGACUUCUGUAGUGGAUGAAUAUGGUUUCUAUGCUAGGGAUGGUGACAAGAACUCCUUAAUAGACUUGCUACUAUCUGAUGAUGCAAAUGGCAAUGGCUUGGGUGUGAUUCCAAUAGUGGGCAUGGGUGGGAUCGGUAAAACCACUCUUGCUCAGCAUAUCUACAAUGAUAAUAGAGUAAAAGAAUGGUUUGAUCUUAAAGCAUGGGUUUGUGUUUCGGAAGAAUUCAAUAUUUUUAAAAUGACUAAAGAUAUUUUUGAAGAGGUUUCUUCAAAGACUUGUGACGCCAGCACUUUAAAUAAGCUUCAACUUGAGCUAAAAACUAGAUUGAAAGGGAAAAAGUUUUUGCUUAUUUUAGAUGAUGUUUGGAAUGAUAAGUAUGACGAUUGGGAAAUUUUACAGAGACCUUUGAAAGCUGGGGCACAGGGAAGCAAGAUAGUUGUCACAACGCGUAACCAAAGUGUUGCAUCAGUUAUGUGCACAGUUCCAACUCACCAUCUAAAGGAAUUAACCGAUGAGGAUUGUUGGUUCUUGUUUGCCAAACAUGCUUUUGUUGAUGGAAAUUCCAACUCGCAUUCAGACUUGGAAGUAAUUGGCAGAGAAAUAGUAAGAAAAUGCAAAGGUCUACCUUUAGCUGCAAAAGCAAUGGGGGGCCUUUUACGCUCCAAAAGAAAUGUCAAGGAAUGGGAGAAAGUGUUAGCGAGUAGCAUGUGGGAUUUGACAAAUGACAACAUUCUUCCAGCUCUAAGAUUGAGUUAUCAUUACCUUCCAUCCCAUCUAAAGCGCUGUUUUGCUUAUUGUGCAAUAUUGCCAAAGGAUUAUCACAUUCUAAAGGAUCAAUUAAUCUUUUUAUGGAUGGCAGAAGGUUAUUUGGACCAACCCAAAGGAAAUAAAGAGGCUAUUGAUUUAGGUGAGGAGUACUUUCAUGAUCUUAUGUCUAGGUCAUUUUUUCAACAAUCAAGUCCUAUGUCCACACAUUUUGUUAUGCAUGAUCUUGUAAAUGAUUUGGCUAAACUUGUAUCUGGAGAAUUUUUUGUUAGAUUGGAUGAUGAUAAUGCUUGCAAGAUUACCAAGAAAACUCGUCAUUUGUCAUAUCUGAGGAUGAGCUACGACGACUUGGAAAGAUUUGAGCCGAUAUAUGAUGCCAAGUUGCUGAGAACAUUCUUACCAGUUAGUUUGUUACAUUAUUGGAUCUAUGAAGAGAUCGAUAGUAAGGUACUGCAUGAUUUAUUGCCAACACUAACACAGCUACGUGUGCUGUCUUUGUCGCACUAUGAUAAUAUAGCCACAUUACCUGAUUCAAUCAGCAAAUUAAGACAUUUACGUUACUUAAGUCUUGCUGGAACACCUAUUAAAAGAUUACCUGAAUCUGUGAUUAGUUUGUACAAUUUACAAUCUUUGAUCUUGAGAAAGUGUACAGAAUUAGUUGAGUUGCCAAUCAAUAUGGUGAAGUUAAUUAACUUGUAUCAUCUUGAAAUUACCAACACGAGUUUGAAAGAGAUGCCACAUCAAAUGGGGAAGCUAACAAAACUAAGAAGGUUAACUGAUUUUGUUUUGGGAAGUCAAAGUGGGUCUAGCAUCGAACAGUUAGGAGAGCUUCAACAUCUUGGGGGAAGGCUUUGGGUUUGGAAUCUUCAAAAUGUGGUGGAUGCUAAAGAUGCUACGCAAGCUCAUUUGAAGGGUAAGAAGCACCUAAAGGAGCUGCAGUUGAGAUGGGACAGUGACACUGAUGAUUCAUUUCAUGACAGAGAUGUUCUUGAGCAAUUAGAGCCUCAUAGCAAUGUAGAGAAUCUUCUAAUUGUUGGUUAUGGGGGUACAAGAUUUCCACAUUGGGUUGGAGAUUCAUCUUUUUCAAAUGUGGUAUUCAUGGAGCUGAGUGGAUGUAAAUAUUGCCACUUCUUACCACCACUUGGGCAGUUGUUGUCUCUAAAAGUUCUUUCUAUCAAAGCGUUCAAUGGAGUAGUCUCUAUAGGUCCUGAGUUCUAUGGUAAUUGCACAAGCAUGAAAAAUCCAUUUGGAUCCCUUGAAAUUUUAAGGUUUGAAAGGAUGCCACAAUGGCGUGAAUGGAUUUUGUAUGGUGAUGGAGCUUUCCCUCUUCUUCAAAAGCUUUCUAUCAAAAAAUGUCCCAACUUAACCAAUACCUUACCCAGUAAUCUCCCUUCAUUGACAACACUUGAGAUUGAGGGAUGCCAACAGCUUGAGGCUUCACUCCCGAGGUCUCCAGUCUUUCUUUCAAUCAAAUUCGCGGAUGACUCUCGCAAUUUAUGGUUCGGAAAAAUGUCUUCUGGCCUGCAACGUCUCAAAAUUGAACGAUUCCAAUUACACCCUCUCGAUUCUUUGCUGGUGCAAAUGGGGAGUCUUGCCACUCAUUUACAUGAAAUUGAAAUCAGAAAUUGCCAUUCCUUGAAGUGCUUCCAUUUGGAGUUGUUCCCUAAUCUAAAGACACUUAGCAUCAAUGAAUGUCGAAAUCUUGAAUUCAUUUGCGGAUUUGGAGGAUGUCUCAGCUCCUUGGUAAUCUCUAACUGCCCCACUUUAGUAUCUUUCUCCAGAGGAGGAAUAGCAGCCCCCAAUUUGACAUUCCUUGAGCUAAGGGAUUGCUUAAAUUUGAAAGCCCUGCCAGACUGUAUGCAUUCCCAACUGCCUUCUCUUGUAGAUUUGAGAUUGUAUCAUUGUGCAGAACUUAUGUCCUUCCCGGAAGGAGGUUUGCCAUUGAAGUUGCAAUCCCUUCAGAUCCAUCAUUGCAACAAAUUGUUUGCUGGACGCUUGCACUGGGAAUUACAAAGGCUUCCGUCUCUGUCACAGUUUCUUAUUGGCACAAUUGAAGAUGUGGAAUCCUUCCCACAAGACACAUUGCUGCCUUCAACUAUUACUUCUCUUACAAUCUCAAGCUAUAAGAAUCUGAAAUCCUUGGACUGCAAUGGGCUUCAAUACCUUGCAUCUUUGAGAGAAUUGACUAUCAGUAACUGUCCAGCUUUGACAGAGCUGCCUCCACAAGAGCUGCCUUCAACUAUUACUUCUCUUACAAUCUCAAGCUAUAAGAAUCUGAAAUCCUUGGACUGCAAUGGGCUUCAAUACCUUGCAUCUUUGAGAGAAUUGACUAUCAGUAACUGUCCAGCUUUGACAGAGCUGCCUGGACGUAUGCACUCCAUCCUCCCUUCCCUGGUGAAAUUGGUGAUCUUCAACUGUCAUGAACUUGAGUCGUUCCCAGCAGGGGGUCUUCCCUCCAAAUUAGAAUCACUUGUGGUCCAACGUUGCAAGAAACUCAUUGCUGGUCGGAUGCAAUGGGACUUAAAGAAGCUUCACUCUCUUGCAAACUUAACUAUUGGCAAGGAUAAAGAUGUUGAAUCCUUCCCGGAGGAGAUGCUGCUGCCUCACACACUUUCCUCUCUUAAAAUCAAGGAUUUUCAAAAUCUAAAGUCUUUAAACUACAAGGGGCUUCAACACCUAUCUUCUCUCAGAGAAUUGAAGAUCUGGAAAUGCCGUAAGCUCCAGUCGUUGCCAGUAGAAGGUCUGCCUUUGUCCCUUAAUUCUCUAAUUAUCUCUGGUUGUUCUAUGCUGAAAGAAAGGUGUGAACGGGAAAAUGGUGAAGAUUGGCCCAAGAUUUCUCACAUUCCAUCUAUAGAAAUUGAUGGUGUUACCAUCACUGAGAUAAAAUACUAGAUGGAUUCUCUCGUUUUACAUUCAUCUAAUCUAGAAAGAUAAGGUAUGUUUCUUUUCUUCCCUCUAUCUUCUCUUUAAAGUUUCUACACCAAAGGCAAAACUACAGCGGCCAUUAUUUACUUUGAAACAUUGAAAUGCGCGGCAGGUGGCAAUUUAUUAGAUAGACACGGAAGCCAACCAGCUUAAAUUGCAAAUGCAGCUCUUGAAGCACCGAACCAGAGCAUUUUGUCACCGUAAAAAAACCGAUGAUGGCUGAUUCCCAAAACCCCGAUACAUCUCAAAACCUUCCUCCUCCUCCUCCUCCUCCUCCUAAUUCUAAAAUUCCUUCAGAAAUCAGAAACGGUAACUCCAACUCAAGCACUAACGCCAAUUUCUCUGGCCAAAAGGCCCACUACCGAACCCACCCGAUGCGACCAACCCGGACCCGGCGACGCUGAGGGAGCAGUGGAGGUUCGCAAUCAAGCAGUACAGCAGAUGGUACUCCCACGCUUGGGGCACAUCAAUUCUCGCGUGUCUCUCGUUCUUCGCUCUGGGUUGGAUUAUCAGGGCCCGAACCCUCUGCCCUCCUUCAGGAAGGAGAAUUCUUCUUCUGAAUCCUCUCCUUCAACUAAUGAUGCCAAUGAAGCUCGCCAGUAAUAUUUGUUGAGGAUGGCCGUAAAUGGAUCCUUCUAUUGCAUAUUUGUGAGUUUGUUGUGAGCUCAGAAUUUGAUCACCUGUGGUUUCUCGGUGCAUGGCAUUCAACAUUCACCAAGGACACUGGAGCCAGUUUGUUCUGCUGAAGAAAAAUAACAAAACUAGUGCAGCAGUUGGGAUAUGGUUUUGCAAGAGAUACAUGCAUAAAAAAAGAGCAAAGGGGGUUUUCUUCAUAUAUGAAAUGACAAAGACCCCGAAGGAAGACACUGUAGGACUAAUAUAGCACGGAAGGUAAACCUUGAUGGAGAAAUACCUUCCUUAACGACUAAUAUCAAGUUCAAUAUUUGCAUAUUAUUUGUUCCUAUCUUAGCUUAUCACUAGACAAAGACUUGGCUUGAGAAAAUUUUCAUUUGAAUUUGUUUUGAUGAAUUUAAUAAGCUGAGUUCGAACUUGCUUAUCAAACUUAUUUAACAAAGGACCUGUACUUUUGUUUUGCAACUGAGUUCGAAAGGUGGCUUAGUGGCGAGACUAUAGUUUGCGAACUAACUCGAUAAUAGUAUAUUCUCUCUGUAAUGCAUAUUCA